CUCGGAUUGGCAUAUACUACCGUCCACAGGCAGGGGACAGGGGGAGUUAGUAUUCGUGCCUAAGGAGGAUUUGCUAAGAAAUAUCCCCUUGAUCGCGCCAGAGCCAAAUACAUUGAUAUACGAAUUUAUGUAAAGUAUUGGCUUCUAAGAGACUUGGUAAGAAUGCGCAUUGACUCGACGUUCCUUUAGCGCAGUUCCCAGUCUUCCCCACAUCGCUGAUGAAACCGUCCUAACUGCUGACCUUUUCAAGAUGGCGGCGCGAGGGUGCCACUCUCGGGAUCGCGCACCUCCCCAAGAUGGCGGCGCCCGAGGCCUGGCGCGCCCGGAGUUGCUGGUUCUGUGAGGUAGCGGCGGCAACGACCAUGGAGGCCACGUCCCGGGAGGCGGCGCCAGCGAAGAGCUCGGCCUCGGGCCCCAGCGCUCCCCCCGCCCUGUUCGAGCUGUGCGGGCGGGCGGUGAGCGCCCAUAUGGGGGUUCUGGAGAGCGGGGUGUGGGCUCUCCCAGGCCCAAUACUUCAAAGCAUCUUACCUCUGCUCAAUAUAUAUUACUUGGAGAGGAUUGAGGAAACUGCCCUCAAGAAAGGCCUCUCCACUCAAGCCAUCUGGCGCCGACUAUGGGAUGAGCUAAUGAAGACAAGGCCUUCCAGUUUGGAAAGUGUGACCUGUUGGCGAGCCAAGUUUAUGGAGGCCUUUUUUUCCCAUGUUCUACGUGGGACCAUUGAUGUAUCUUCUGACAGGCGUCUCUGUGACCAGCGCUUCUCACCUCUUCUGCAUAGCUCCCGCCACGUCCGACAGCUGACCAUCUGCAAUAUGCUGCAGGGUGCGACUGAGCUGGUGGCUGAGCCCAACCGCAGGGUUCUGGAGACCCUGGCCAGUUCCCUGCACACCCUCAAGUUCCGCCACCUGCUGUUCUCUGAUGUGGCUGCUCAGCAGUCUCUUCGGCAGCUGUUGCAUCAGCUUAUUCACCAUGGGGCUGUCAGCCAGGUGUCGCUGUAUUCCUGGCCUGUGCCUGAGUCAGCCCUUUUCAUCCUCAUCCUCACCAUGAGUGCUGGCUUCUGGCAGCCAGGCCCUGGUGGUCCACCUUGCCGCCUCUGUGGAGAAGCCUCCCGAGGCCGGGCCCCAUCCCGAGAUGAAGGGUCCCUCCUGUUGGGCUCACGCCGGCCUCGCAGGGAUGCUGCUGAGCGAUGUGCUGCAGCCCUGAUGGCCUCCCGGCGGAAGAAUGAAGCCAAGCAGACGGCCAGAGCUGCACCUGCUACCCGGGUAACACGCCGGAGCACACAGGAGAGCCUGAUAGCAGGUGGGACAGACCCUAAGAGGGAUCUGCACCCUCCAGCAACCUACGAGGCUCCUGGCACCAAGCGGCCACCCUCUGCUCCAGCCACCACCUCCUCUGCCUCUGCUUCCUCUUCCACAUCCUCAUCCAAACGGGCUCCAGCUAGCUCAGCCCCACAGCCUAAGCCCCUAAAGCGUUUUAAGCGAGCUGCAGGGAAGAAGGGUGCUCGCACCCGUCAGGGGUCUGGAGCAGAGUCUGAAGACCUGUAUGACUUUGUUUUCAUUGUGGCUGGUGAGAAGGAGGAUGGGGAAGAGAUGGAGAUCGGGGAAGUGGCUUGUGGAGCUUUGGAUGGAUCAGAUCCCAGCUGCCUGGGGCUUCCAGCACUGGAGGCCUCCCAGCGAUUCCGAAGCAUUUCCACCUUGGAGCUAUUCACAGUUCCGCUCUCCACAGAGGCGGCUCUGACACUGUGCCACCUGCUGAGCUCCUGGGUGUCUCUGGAGAGCCUCACACUCUCCUAUAAUGGCCUGGGCUCUAACAUCUUCCGCCUGCUGGACAGUCUGCGGGCCCUGUCAGGCCAGGCUGGAUGCCGCCUCCGUGCCCUGCAUCUCAGUGAUCUGUUCUCACCACUGCCCAUCCUGGAGCUGACACGUGCCAUUGUGCGAGCCCUGCCCCUGCUGCGGGUCCUUUCUAUUCGUGUUGACCACCCCAGCCAGAGGGACAACCCUGCCGUGCCAGGGAAUGCAGGGCCCCCUAGCCACAUAAUUGGGGAUGAGGAGAUACCAGAAAACUGCCUGGAACAGCUGGAGAUGGGAUUUCCACGGGGAGCCCAACCAGCCCCACUGCUCUGCUCUGUACUGAAGGCCUCAGGUUCUCUGCAGCAGCUGUCUCUGGAUAGUGCUACCUUUGCCUCUCCCCAAGAUUUUGGGCUUGUGUUACAGACACUCAAAGAGUACAACCUAGCCCUGAAGAGGCUGAGCUUCCACGACAUGAAUCUGGCUGACUGUCAGAGUGAGGUGCUCUUUUUGCUACAGAAUCUGACUCUUCAAGAGAUUACCUUCUCCUUCUGCCGUCUGUUUGAGAAGCGCCCGGCCCAGUUUCUGCCUGAGAUGGUUGCUGCUAUGAAGGGCAACUCCACACUGAAGGGCCUCCGGCUGCCAGGGAACCGUCUGGGGAAUGCUGGCUUGCUGGCCCUGGCAGAUGUUUUCUCAGAGGAUUCAUCCUCCUCUCUGUGUCAGCUGGACAUCAGUUCCAACUGCAUCAAGCCAGAUGGUCUUCUGGAGUUCGCCAAGCGGCUGGAGCGCUGGGGCCGUGGAGCCUUUGGUCACCUGCGCCUCUUCCAGAACUGGCUGGACCAGGAUGCAGUCACAGCCAGGGAAGCCAUUCGGCGGCUCCGGGCCACUUGUCACGUGGUUAGCGACUCGUGGGACUCAUCCCAGGCCUUCGCAGAUUAUGUCAGCACCAUGUGAUGGGGCCCACGCUUCACAGGCCCAUGCUCAGCACCAUCAGCUUGCAGGGGCUGAGACAUGGGCUGCCCAGAACUCCCAAACACCAAUUCUGUCUUUCUCUUUCUGCAACCUUUUUUCCUCUUUUUCCUUCUUCCCUUGCACUGAGGUCCUGGAGGUCUUGCUGGGCUCAGCAAAGGCACUCUCACAACUGGGUUUAGAGCCUUUGGGCCCCUUACCCACUACUCUUGGAACCCUGGGCCAGGUUACAGUGCUCAUCAGUCACUGAGGACAGCUCCUCUCCCCCUGCCUGAGGUUCCUGCUUUCCUUCCUCAAGCAGGUACCCAGGCUUUAGAGAAGUACAGGAGUGUCCACUACCAGGCCUCUUCUCUGCUGGGCUCACCAUGCUGCUCCCAAGCCUCAGUCCCUUUCAUACCUUUAUUCCUUUCUUUUUUUUAACCAAAAAAGUUUUUCUUAUAAAAUAAACUUUGGGCAAACAUCA